AUGAGCUCUACUUUAACCAACUGGACUAGAUUAACUACUCAAUUAGCUGUCGAUGCUGUUUUAUUUGACUCUGAUACUGAAGAUGUAUUAAAGGUCUUUUGUUUAACAGAAAUUAAUUGUGUACCACAAGCUGUCAUUGCACCAACACUAUCAAGCUGGCCAGCAUCUUAUUCAAAUGUACGUUUCUAUGAAAUUCCAGUUGAAUCCGAUGCUAUCAACAAUGAAGCUGUUGCCAUGUACGGAAUGAUUCCAAAUGUUCGUCUCUUUAAAAACUAUGGUGUCCAAUAUGACUAUGUCAAGUCUUACUAUGGUACCAAUACCACCAACAUGGAGAAUGGUAUCAUUGCCAAUCGUUAA